AAAUACAGCUGAUUUAUGACAGUCUGGCAACAUACUCAGAUUUUUCAGAUAAUCGCGACAAAAUUAAUUUAUAAACAUGCAAAAAUAUGAUAAAAUGGAAAAAAUUGGUGAGGGCACUUACGGGACAGUGUUCAAGGGCCGGAACCGAGAUACUAUGGAAAUAGUAGCACUAAAAAGAGUACGUUUAGAUGAGGACGACGAAGGCGUGCCUAGUUCCGCGCUGAGAGAGAUAUGCCUACUGAAGGAAUUGAAGCACAAAAACAUUGUUCGGUUAUGCGACGUGCUGCACUCCGAUAAAAAAUUGACACUCGUGUUUGAGCAUUGCGAUCAGGACUUAAAAAAGUACUUUGACAGUUUGAAUGGAGAAAUCGAUAUGGCAGUGUGUCGAAGUUUUAUGCUACAACUGUUGCGCGGUUUGGCCUUUUGUCACAGCCACAAUGUGCUACAUCGAGAUCUAAAGCCACAAAACUUGCUCAUCAAUAAGAAUGGUGAACUUAAGCUUGCCGACUUUGGUUUAGCCCGCGCCUUUGGGAUUCCAGUCAAAUGCUAUUCUGCCGAGGUGGUAACGCUGUGGUAUCGUCCCCCAGAUGUGCUCUUUGGCGCCAAAUUAUAUACGACUAGCAUUGACAUGUGGUCGGCUGGUUGCAUAUUGGCUGAAUUGGCUGACGCAGGUCGUCCACUAUUUCCUGGCUCUGAUGUGAUCGAUCAAUUGCUGAAAAUAUUCCGAGUGCUUGGCACACCAACUGAGGAAUCUUGGCCCGGUGUCUCGCACCUCUCCGAUUAUGUUGCGCUUCCAUCAUUUCCACCAAUUACUUCGUGGAGCCAACUUGUACCAAGACUGAACUCUAAGGGCCGUGACUUAUUGCAAAAACUGCUCGUGUGCCGUCCGAAUCAAAGAAUUAGCGCCGAAGCUGCCAUGCAGCACCCGUAUUUUACAGACAGCUCAUCUUCGGGCCAUUAGUUAAUUGAUGGCAAACAAGUUCACUAUAUACAUAACACAAUAUAAAUAAUAGAUGUAGUUCUAACGACUGUUUCAAUAAUAUUUGAAUAUAAAUUGUAUGUAUGUAUAUUUUAAA